UAUAUAAUUACUGAAUAUCCAGUAUGAUAGGAACAUCAAAUGCCAAUUUGAAUAAUAACACUGAAGGUCAGAGACAAGAGGAAGAGAAGCAGUCCACAAAUCCUUUUAAUAGAACACAGUCUCUCAUGGACUCCUCCUCUCAGAAUCAAGUUAUGGGAAAUGGCCAAAUGAUGGGCCAACAGGAUUCAAAUAAACCUCAAAAUUUUGAUAAAGAAAUGGGGGAACAAUAUAAUUACUCCAACUUAUACUCCCAGAUGGCCUACCAGGACCCAAUGAAUGUUGGCUGUGCCAUGAAUCAGAUGCCAAAUACUUCAGGGCUAAACCCUGAAGGAGAGGCUCAAGCUUUACAUCAGAAUUUCAAUAAUUUCAAUGAUGGAGGAAAUGAUUUCAGAAUGGGAAUGAUGCAGUCCAGUAUGAACCAAGCCUCUUCAGAAGAAUAUGGAUCUAGAUCAAGGAUGAGUCGCAAAGGGCACCGGUAUCCUAAAUCAUCUCAAUGGAGCACUGAGGAGGACACUCUUCUGGGAAAAUUAUACCAGGAAUUUGGCUCCCGCAAGUGGAAAAGAAUCGCUACUGAGAUCAAUAAGCAUUUCUGGGGCUCUAAUGAAGUUAGAAAAGGCAAACAGUGCCGUGAAAGGUGGAUAAACCACCUUGAUCCCGAGGUUAACAAAGGUCCAUUCACUGUAGAGGAAGAUAUUCUUAUGAUUGAGAUUCAGCUUGAAACAGGCAACAGAUGGGCAUAUAUUUCAACUUUUCUGAAAGGAAGGACAGAGAAUCAGGUGAAAAAUCGGUUCAAAACUCUCAUAAAGAAAUAUGUGUUAAGCACAUACGGCAAGAGCUACUAUGAAAAUUACUUGAAAGAAAUUGCUAACAGAGACGAGCAUGAAUAUCAAUGGAAGAAUGACCCUAUUGUCAACUCUCUGUUAGAGGCGAAGAGACAAGAGAGAGACAAUUCUGCUGGACAAUCAUCCGCCUCUAAAAAUGUUCAAAUGAAUGAGGAAACAAAAGCACCUCCUACUAUAAAUAUUAAUGACCUUAAUGCUGCUGGAGCUCUUAGCGCUUUCCAAAAAGUGGGUUCUAAUUUUCUCAACUAUUCCAGAAAUGCAAGUUCGAUGAAUGCUAUGAAUUCUCAACCUGUGUUCAACAACAACAGUUUGGAUUACCUCCAAGAAGGGAAGAAUCUCAUAAAUGAGUCUAUAUAUCUUAAUAACAGUUUGAGAAGCAUGAACAGCGUGAAUUCAGGAAUGGACCAGCAAAAUAAUUCAAUGGGGAAUAUGUCCUUCAACAACGGACAAAGUUUUGGCAGACAAAAUCUGACAAAGAGUAAUGAAGGAAGCAAAGAGAAGACUAAAGGGAUUAAUAGAACCCCAGAUGUAGUAAAAAGUACUAUUCCUAGGGCCUCAAUUGAUCUUAUGGGUGAUAACUCUAAUGAAAAGAAAAUGAGGCAGGAUACUAGUAAUAUCCAAAAUACUGAAAAUGCGCAGAUGGAGGUUUCUCCACUUGGUGGUAAUAACACUAACACUAAGAAUCAGGCGAAUGAAAAUGCUAAAAUGGACUCUGUCUCUAAUUCUAGUAACAUGAAUCUCAAUAUGACUGGCUUUAACUCACAGAAUGUUCAAAUGAAUCCAGAAAUGAUGACCAUAUACCAAGUCAAGCAAAUGGCCGUGAGAAAAUUCAUUGAUAGUGAGAACGAAGAGAAUAUGUACAUUCUACAUGAUGGAACCAUCUUUAUCGAGUGCAUUAAGACAGGAUGAACAAAGAUAGUGUCACAUUCAAGUGAACUUACUAUGCCAUUGAAAUAUUCAAUGCAGUGAUCUGAACCUCACCAAGGACGGGUUGAUUACCAGAAUAUGCAAAGCCAACCAAAUAACAACCUCGGCGUGAACUUUGACGACUUAAAAAAUUGACUGAACAUGAUGGGGUAUCAGAACCCAAGUUAUACAGGAAUGAAUUCACAACAGAUGGACUUCAUGGAAAAGAAAUAA